AUGGGAAUAAAUUUGCCUCCAUUAUUGAAUCAUUACCAGGAUGACGGCAACAAAAAACUUAUACAAUUUGUUUGGUUUUGCUUUGCCAUCUAUACAACACUCCUGGUGGCACUGGUUAUAUGGAUAGUUUACAUCAACAAUAUUGUAGUGGAUUUUGUGGUAUUUAGCAAUGAUUUGGAUAGUAUUACCAGUGUCCUAAGCAUAAGCGUCAAUAUAACGGUGGCUUUUGUCCAGGUGAUCAUACAAAUGGUAUCUAUAAUUAAGCACAAAUGCCUUAAAAUGAUGCUGAAGAGAAUAGCCCAACUGGAACAGGAUAUAUUAUUGUAUUUCCGUGAAUACCAAUUGUUUCAAGACGAUGCGGGCUAUUUAAAUUUCCAACGAAGUCGUAAGCGUUUUACCUAUUUGAUUGUUGUUUAUUUUGGUGUGUUUUCAUUAGCGUUUGGCAUUUUGCUGUGCUAUGUCAACUAUCAUUUAGUGGCCAAUAUUAUGGACUUAAGGGAUAAAGCAUUAAGCUUAUUUUGUACAUUGGCUCUACAAUUAAAAACCGUGGAAUAUUGUAUUAUCGUCCAAAUAAUCGAUGAAUUUCUCAGGUCUUUGCAAGGCUCCUUAAGGCAUCUAAAGUGGGAAAUUGCCAAGAGUCAGGACAAACCCUUUAUGGGGGCAUUUUUCCAUGGCAAACUAAUGGCCAAUCAAUUUUUAUUGAAUCGUAUUUGGUUUUUGGUUACGAAUAUGGAAGAUUAUUUUGCCAUACCGAUGCUGUCUUUAUUUCUUUACAAUGGAAUUGCCAUAACUCACACUAUAAAUUGGUCAUAUGUACGUUCAUUUGAUUAUUUGUAUAAUGACAUGGAUUCCGGAAUGUAUCGCUUAUACUACAUAAUAUUGAUAUUUCUUAUCAUGCUACUACCAUGUUGGUUAACUCAAUCAUGCAUUGACAAGUACAAUCAAUUUGGCUCGAUAUUGCACAAUAUCAAAACGAUCGAUGAUUUAGCUAUAAAUUGCCGUGUACGGGAAUAUUCAUUGCAAUUGAUGCACCAGGAAAUGUUAUUUACCUGUUCGGGAUUUUUCGAUAUUAAUUUGAAAUGUUUUGGUUUGAUGAUCUUAUCGAUAUCUACGUAUGUGGCUAUACUGAUACAAUUUAAAUUACAAAACGAAACGGAAAAGGCAAAUGUUAGAUUGUAA